AUGCACAAUGGGAAGAAGGCGGCGGCGGCGGCGGCGGUGGUGGUGGAGGAGGACGUGGCAACAGCUCGGGCGGCGGAGCGCGCGCCGUCCCGUGCGCCGGUGGCGCCCGCUUUUUCCACCCCUUUUUUCCGGCGGCAGGUGUGGGCGGCCCGACUGGAGGGCGGCCGCGGGGGUGUGGGGGCGGCGCGGGGGUGCCCGGCGCGCCGCCGCGCGGCUGAAAAAUGUAAAAAGCUCCGUCGAGCCGCGGCCGCCGUCCGAAGCGCAAGCCACCAGGGAAUGAGGCGCCGUCUCCCGCUUUUUGAAAAGCGCACGGCCAGCGCACCGCACUGCGGCCGUUUCUUCCGCAUUCGGCGCGGCCUGACGUCGCCGGAGAGCCGGCCUCCGCGGCGCGACUCCCGCAAGCUGCGCGGCCUUGCCGGGGCUGGAACGCGCGUCGCAGACGUCGACGCCCUGCCAACGCCUCCCCGCCGGGCAGCAAGGUCGGGACCCGGCGUGAGCGUCCCUCCACAAUGGUGCGAGACAGCUUCACGAAACAGAUGUCUCAGCUGCUGCAGCAUUCCAGCUUCAUUUUGACAGCUCCGGGCAGCCGACGAUGCUCCUCAAAAUGCUGCCGAUGUUCUCCAUUUUGAAACUGACUGCUGGGUGCCAGGCUUGGAGACCGCCUCCACAUGAUCUCUCCAGAUCUGCACUUCAGCAGCGACAUUGUUUGGACGAUAGUUUUUCGUCUGAAUGCAAUUCAACAGCUUCAUAACAAAUGCCAAAACGACAAAUUCUUUUAGCCCGAGGACAACACAGAAAUCUGUUUACAGUGAGAGUGCAUGAUAAACGAGAAGUUAUAGGUAUUCAACAUUUAAAACGGUACAGAAACAGUUUAAUCAGAACAGAACCAACUUUUUUGUAAAAAUGAUUCGUUGGCAUAUUCACCCACGUCACCGUGCCUUAAAAAUGCGUUUUACAGCGCGUCGUAAUGGUGAUUACGUGCAAAAGAACACUCAAUACUUUUUUCUGGAAGUACAAAGAGAAGUUGCCAUUUUAAAGACAGAUCGCAGUUUACUUGACUGCCUUGUGUAAUUUCUGUAAAUUGAUCCUUAUCUUCUAGUAACAGUCUCACAAGAAUCUUGGUCAUUGCAAAAUUUAGUUUGAAACAGCUUUUGAGAAAAAUGUUCUGCAAGAAUCCUGUAGGUUUCAGCUCAUUCCCGAGCAGUAAAUUUGAUCUCCUCAAAAUGAUUUUGUUCAUCUGAAUCUGAAUUGUUCUAUACCGAGCAUUCAGACAAAAAAUUGCAAGAUUAUAAAUUAUAUUUUCCUGCUAUUACUGGCCCCUUCAAGUACAGGAAAAGCUCUUCAUCCAUCUCAAAAUACAAAUUAAAUCUCAGGUUUUAGGAAGUCGACUUUCGUCGAAGGGAAAGGACACUUCGUUGUGCCCAAAUUUUGCUUUCAAAAUAUUAUAAUACCUCCACUUCAUACAUUGAAAUUUAUGGUGACUCGGUUUAAUUCGAGGUAAUAUGUUUGAAUUCUUCCAAAAAUCUGUGCGUAAUAAUACACACAUAACAUAACGGUUUUCUGGGUAUCGAGCCACAUUUUGUAAAACAAAGGUCACUGGAUAAAAAUCAGCUUUUCUGCCACAGCUAUAGUGAUCGAAAUGUCGGUUUUAUUCAGUGCUGGUCUCUUAAGCUCCAUCGCAAAAAAAAACUCAAGUUAACUGACUUUGGCCGUUAUAGGAAUUAAUACAAAAUAUAAUUUACUAAAGUAUUAAUUGAAGUGUUUGCUAAAUUAUCACUCAUUACGACUGUUACAACAGUUGUUUUACGUACAGUACUUAAUUGUCGAAAAAUAACGAUUAAAAUAAUUCCUCCAAUUUCAGCAUUAAUAUGUGGUUUAAAAUGUAAGAAACGACAGGCAGGAAUAGUUAAUCAUAACUCACACAUUGGGAAGAGACUUAAUUAAGACGUCUGGACUACAGUCACAUCAAUCAUGGCCCAGUAACAGAAUGUUUUACUUCUUUGUUCUGCAAGUUCCAUACAAUAGUGUAUAGUGGAUUAUAAAAGUAGGGCGAACUAGUAGUUAUUACAGGGCAACUGUUUCACUCUGGGGUGACGUUAAAGAGUGGAUCGGCGAACAACUUUUAUAACAGUGUAGGACUGAUCGUGCUCAGAAUUUUUCAUAGCGAAGUAUGCAGAUUACGAGUCGUGUUUGAAAUUGAUUUCACUGAAGCUAUUAUUUAUGUUGCAGUAAUUUUUGUCCAUCCCUUCCAUUGAUGGACUGCCUUCGUGCAACAGUUUCUGUAAAUGAAGUGUUUAAGCGGAUAUGAAACGUUUAGGUUAGGGGCUACAGUAGAUUCCGCUACAGUUACAGUUCAUUCAGUUCAGAAAAGUGGAUGCAUUCUCCAAUGAGAGUCUCCGUAUCACCUGUAAAAUGAGACGUAUUCCAAUUUUUAUUUAAUACUGAAAAUUUUAUCUUUGAUUAAUGCUUCCUUAUAAUACUCUACAGAGAAUUGAAAAUAAUUACCCUGGAUAGCUGUCUCUUAAGGGUCAAUUCUCCUUAGUCAUCCUGUAAAAUAAGCGAUAUUUACGAGCUUUAUGGUAAAACUAAACAAGCAAUCGACGUAAAUCUUUUUGCACAUUAAAUAUAGACUCUUGGGCAACAGUUCUUUUCAUUUUUUAAGAAACUGAGUCGUCAUUCGAGUGAGCAACCUAUUUGAGGAGUUAAAGUUGCUCUCUCCAAAUUAAAGUGUGUCAAUGACGGAAGUCGUUUGCAGUCCGCAAAUCUUCUGUGAAAUAAAAAAAAAAGCAAAGCAUUUUCCUAAUCUACAGAACACUGCGCACAGCUUAACAGAGCAGUUUAUUUUGUAAAUUUGACAAAAUAAUGAAAUGGAGAAACAAAGGUGUAGUUUUGUCGUGUGGCUUGCCGUAAUGUUUUUUGCAAUAACCAGUAAAUAAGUUAAAAUAUUAAAAAUUAGCUUAUUACUGCUUGUGAUAUGGCCGAGGAGUAAUUCAGCCACAUUUAAGAAAAGUAUCUAUACUAGUACACACAGUCAAUUCCGUCAGUCUUAAAUAUACUGCAUUUGCAGAACUUCCGUCAUGAGCAAGCUUCAUUUUAGACAGAACAACAUAAAUUCCUCGGGGAGAGGGGGGGGGGGGAGAGUUAGCAAUGACUGAGCUCCAUUCAAAGCAAAAAAAUAAAAAUAAAAAA